AGUCCUAGCUCAAGGGCGAGAGGUUUUGCUUGGCUCUCGCUUCUCGCUGCGGCCCCCAUGGCGUGCCUCCUCCUCGUUCUCGUCGUCGCCGCCGCGGUCCUCACGGCUCCACCCGGGAAGCUGACGCAUGCCGCUCGGACGCCGACGUCGCCGGAGGCCUUCUGGCGCGCCGCCCUCCCCGGCGCACCCAUGCCGGAGUCCAUCCGCGAGCUCCUGCGCCCUAGUGCUGAGGUGGUCAAAGCUCCAAGCGCAGACGCUGACGUUCGCGACGACGACCCGCCGCCGCCCAUGAACUUCAACUACGACGACUACAGGGCCUCGCCCUCGCCUCGGAACCAGCUGGUCGUCGCUACCUUCGCCAAGGCACCGGAACACGUCGGCGCCCGGAACGCCGCCACGGGCGACGAUGACCGUGCUCGCGCGUCACCGCCGGCGGUGUUCUUCCUUGAAGACGCGGUGCGCGUCGGCGGGAGCCUGCCGUUCCCCCGCGGCCUCCUCCCGCGAGCGGCGUCCGGCGAUGACGAGGAGGCGCCGGCGGCUCGUCAGCCCCCGCUGGAGCUGUACACCGUCCGUGCCGUUCGGGCCGUCGAGGGGUCCAGCUUCGUGGUGUGCCGCGGCGAGGCCCGCCCCGACGGCGGCGGCGCCGUGUACGGGUGCCGUGGGGUCGGCCCGGCGAGGGCGUACGCGGUGGACGUUGCCGGAGAGCGCGGUGAUGCGGUGACCGCGACGGUCGUGUGCCACGGUGACGACGGCGCGUCCAAUGGUAACCUGGAGCACGCAGCGUCCCGUCUGCUCGGCGUCGGCGGCGGUGUGGGUGCGGCGGUCUGCUAUGCCGUGCCCGACGCGCAGAUACUCUUGGUGAAGAGCGAGAAGGUCCCCUCCUCAGCGUAAUACGUGUUGGUUUUACGAACUAGAACUUGUGAUGCAACACUGCUAGUACUUGUACGGUGUUGGGUUUUUUUCCUCAUUUUGAGGAAAAGUAUGUGUGUCAGUGUGCUUGUCGAUUUACUUUUUUGUUUAAUUUGGUCGAGCGUAUGUGCUCCGUUGAGUGAGGAAUGUCAAAAAUAAAGGGCCCAUCUACUUGCGAA